GGAGUGAGUGCUCUUAAUUUUCGCCUCGUCUCGGACCUCUAACGAUCUAAUUUCUAUGCCUCUCAUUCAGCCAAUAAUAAAACAGAACCUGCAUGACAACGGAGAAACGAUCCCGGCGCAUUCCCUGUUGUCUCGCUAGCGUUUCCACGGCAACAGCUACACAAAUCCAGGAAAACAUCCGGAAAAGACCUUCGGUCGUCCUUCUGAUCGUCCGAACGUGGAAUAACUGCAGGACUUGUUCACUCAUCAGGAUUCUUGGACUAUACAUUAAAGAAACAUGACUUCUUUCCUUCCUUUCUUAGACAGCAGCGACCCUCGUCUGAAACUGGUGGUGCAAAACAGAAUUAAAAAUGUUUUUGUAACUCAGUCGGAAGACACCAGAAAUAAGAAGGAGGAAAAUGUCAACUACAUACCUGUUGUAACAGAGACUUCAAGCAGAGUGCUUGAGGCAGGAGUGAACACUCUGCAAAAGACCCUGGUUCUGAAGAAGCAGGCGGAGUUGGACGAGGUGGACAAGCAACUCGCACUUAAAAGAGAAGAGUUUAAGAGCCGUGUGCAAGCUCUGACACUGAGAAGGUCUGAACUGGAAAUAAAACAACAGCAGACUAAAGAGAGAGCCAUGAAAUUUGAGAGGUUUGUGGCUGAAAAUGAAGUGAAGCGACGGCGGGCGCUGAAGAAGUAUGAAGCUGCACGGGAGCAGAACAUUUUGAAACAGAAACAGAUAGAAGAUCUGACAGUGCAGCUGAAACAACUUAAAGUCAGGCAGCAAGUUUUAAAGGAGAGAAUGGCAAAAUACAAAAUCUAUGAGGACUACUUGAUGAAAAGUCUAGAUUAUCUCCCCAGCACAUUCCUUGAUAACGGGUCUGACUCUUCGAUUAUGCCCAUCAUUCGGCGCCAUGAGACCCUGUCCUUCACCUACCAGGAACAGCUGCAGCGUUUGAGGCAUCUGGAGGAGGAGGUGGAGCAGGGUCAGCGACAGCAGCAGACCAUGAAGCAGGAGCACAGCAUUAAAAAACUGACGGCCAUUAAGGAACUGUCUGAACUCCAGAGUGAGUUAGACACCCUGAAAGAGAAGAACAGGCAGGCAGAGGCUGAGCUGCUGAUGGAGCAAGGCCUGUCCAGAGAGAAGGUAGAAGAAGUGGGACUCUUGCUUAUGGCCAUCAACAACCUUGCAGAGCAGUGUCAUCUUGCAGCAUAUGGACCUCUGGAAAACAUGAACGUCCUGACAAUGAUGGACAUGGUUAAGGAGUACAUUCUGGACAAAGCAGACACGGAGAAGAGAGCGCGGAGACUGAUGGAGUCGGGGUCUGCAAUGACAAGCAGAACAGCCCUGACAGACAGAAGAGAGAGGGGAUCGAUGAAAAGCAUCGGCAGUAAAACACAAAUCAAAAGUUCAAGUAAAGUCAGUCGAAAGAGUGAGAUGAUGAGUUAAUGUAGAACUUUUACAUCUUAUGGUGUUGGGAGUGAAAGUUCAUUUUUGAACUUGUAAAGAUAAGUUUGGCUCUGGGAAUAUAAUAAAUGAAACUUUGGUCAACAUUUAUGAAUAGUUUGACUCUUAAUGCAAAAUUGUAUGCACCAAAUCUUGUGCUUAAAAACUGUAUAAAGAUUUUGCAAAUAAGGUAACCAACUGUAUUUGAGCACAAGAACUUUGCAAAUGCAUAUCUCAGGAAUGUAAUCAUUGUUGCAUUUUGAAAUAAAAUGGUCACAGUCAACAUCUGACAGUCAAAAC